CUAGAAACGAUACGGUAGCCUGUUGGUGGUCAGAAUACCGUCGGGACGAUUUUUCUGACUUAACCGGCACAAAAAGAAAUAUCGUCCGGUUUUGAUCUAACCAGCGGCAGACUGUUUUAACUUUUAAGAAAAACAUCGUCGUUUUGUCACUUUAAUUAAAAAAAAAAACACUCGGCCAAAGGCCAAAAACUAGAAAACCCUAAUCUCUAACAAAAACCAGCCAAAUGAAUUCGAGCUUUUGUCCUUUCAACGUUUCUCUCUUCCCAGCCAGCCGCGCCGCGCCACUCCUCCACUUCUCCUCUGGCGACUGGCAGCCGGCGACCAGCGAAAGCAACCCUCAACCCUACUUCGCCUUCCAGAUCUCCGCUCCGCUCCGUCGCUCCUCUUCUCUCCUCAUCAGCCUCGUCGCCUGCUUGAAAGUCGAUUCUCCCUCCCUUGCUCAAGAAGACAAAAACGCGACCUCCCCAACAAUUCGGGUUGGAACAAAGCUGACCUGUUGUUGAGGACAAUCCCAAUCGUUCUUGCUUUUGUCGCCUCCCGUUCAAAAGAAAUCAGUUCCAAUCGGGGAUAUGACUGAGCAGUUAUUUGGGACAGGUAUUGACGGCGUCGAAGAACGGUGAGCUGACGUAAUCCCACCGCAAUCGCUAGCUGCCGCCGGCGAGGAAGACAUGGGUUGCAAUUCCGUUCGUCGAUAGCAUCAGCUGGUGUUGCCGACAAUGCUUCAUUCUACUCUAGUGGUGGAGCUCGAUGCCACUACUGUUAGGAGGCCAGCAAAAAAACCCGAGGCCCAAUUACAAAGCUCAAUUAGAAAGACCUGCAUGCGAUAUAACUUUUCCUAUGUGUUUGCCAAAACGUUGCGCCCCAUUUAGUACUGGCUUGUGAAUUUACUUUAAGGCCCUUCCGUGAAUGAAGCUGGAGCCUGGAA